GGAGGGGCUCACAGAGGGGCAAAAUCUGCGCGGUCACGUGACAGGCCAAUCCCCCGUUCGUUUGUUGUCACCGCCCGGCGUCGAAAAUUCCAUCCCCAAAAGGGAUUUAAAUCCAUUGAUUUCCUUCCUCUGCAACCCUUGCGUCCACACAGCUCUGUGACACGCUUAAUUCUGCUAUCGUGCGCCGCAAAUCUCUUCGCUGGAACUUCUGUCGUGAAGCAAAAUUCCGCCUUUUGCUGUGUUUAUUUGUGGCCGAUAAUUUUCUGCAUCACGUCAUUUACGCAACAUGGCUGAGCAACAAGGCCCUCCCACCUUCAAGCUGGUUCUAGUCGGUGAUGGUGGUACUGGCAAGACCACUUUCGUCAAGCGCCAUUUGACCGGUGAAUUCGAGAAGAAAUACAUUGCCACCUUAGGUGUGGAAGUCCACCCUCUUGGUUUCACUACCAACCUGGGACCAAUCCAGUUCGAUGUUUGGGAUACUGCCGGUCAGGAGAAGUUCGGUGGUCUUCGUGAUGGAUACUACAUUAACGGCCAAUGCGGUAUUAUCAUGUUCGAUGUCACGUCACGUAUCACCUACAAGAACGUCCCCAACUGGCACCGUGACUUGGUCCGCGUGUGCGAGAAUAUCCCCAUUGUUCUCACCGGUAACAAGGUCGAUGUGAAGGAGCGCAAGGUCAAGGCCAAGACCAUUACUUUCCACAGGAAGAAGAACCUUCAAUACUACGACAUCUCCGCCAAGUCGAACUACAACUUCGAGAAGCCGUUCUUGUGGCUUGCUCGCAAGCUAGUUGGCAACCAGUCUUUGGAAUUCGUCGCUGCCCCUGCUCUGGCUCCUCCCGAGGUCCACGUGGACCCUCAAGUUUUGGCCAGGUACGAGGAGGAAUUGACCAUCGCCACUGCCGCGCCUCUGCCUGACGAGGAGGAUGGAGACCUGUAAAUUUCAGUGUCAUCACCCCCUUAAAUCAUAACACAAAAUUGAAAAAAGAGAGAUUAUAAAUUUAAACGGGACGAAUUCUACGUGAUCGAAUGAUGGGAUGGAUGGAAAACGGGAACACGGCAAACUUGGGUACAGCAAGCCUUUUAACUUAUACUGCUAGACAAGGAAUCAUGACUAUUGAUUUAAAGAGAUUCUACCAAAAGAAAUGGGGCUUGUUCUUGAGAGAACUGCCGACAAGGCAAUAUCAAGCAGCUGGAAACCAGUCCUAGCUUGGGAUGAUUUGCACAUUGU